CACGUACGCUCUCAGCGAUUUCCAGUUUUCGAGUUUUUGUUUAGUUUUAAACGAUUCUGCGAUUGCAGCUCGAAUUGAACGCCGAGCGCAGCGCAUCUCCCCGCAAUAAAUAUAAUAUAACAGCGAGGUCGAUAAGAACGGGGGACAGCGAAAAGCUUCAGCCUAUGCGAAGCUCAGAAGACUGGACUUCAGAACUCGAACUUUGAGCAGCAGAGGCGCAUCCACAUCCACGAACGUCGCCCCAAAAUUCAUGAAUGCCCAGCAGCGGAUUUGAAUUCGGCUCCUCAAUCAAUAGCGAAAGACAACAGCAAAACGGAGACCCCAAAAAUACAAAAAAAUCGGUUUGCAACACCGCGCGGAUUGCACACACACAAUAAUAAUUAGGUAAUUUGUAAGCGACGUUCACCUGGGCAAGGUGAACUUGGCACCCGUCUGUAUAUGGAAUGGCGGCCAUUGAGGAGCGAUUCCAGGCCGCGGUCAACGUAAUCAAAGGCCUGCCCAAAAAUGGACCCUAUCAACCCAGCACCAGCAUGAUGCUCAAGUUCUAUGGCCUGUUUAAACAGGCCACCGAAGGAGGCUGCGACCAGAAGAAGCCCGGCUUUUGGGAUAUUGUGGGCAAGGCCAAGUGGGAUGCCUGGAAUGAUAACCGGCACUUGAGCAAGGAGCAGGCCAUGCAGCGAUAUGUAGAGAGCCUCCAGGAGAUCAUCGAAACCAUGUCCUUUACCGAGAAUGUGCAAAACUUUGUGGGCAGCCUCGAUGGCCUGGGGAACAUCAGCCUGGACGAACUGGAGCUGGUCUCACCCGGCAUGCGGGAGUUGGCCGAAUCGCAUCCCAACUCGCCGUUCCAUUCGCGCACCAACAGUCCACAGCACGGUUCUAGUUGCAAUAGCGAGGCGGAAAUGGAGGUGGCUGCCACACCGCUCGUCGCCUCAACCGAAACGAUAAAGGAAAACGGCCACAGUUCGGCGCCACUGACCAACGGCUAUGGGCCCAAAACCUCCAACUACGCACAACACGACGCGCACAACUUUACGAGCAACAGCAGUGUGGCCAUUGUGGAUCCCUCCGACGAUGAGUACGACGAUCCCUACGAUCUCAGCCACGAGCUGACCCAGGCGAUUGCCCAGAACACGGAUUUGUUGCGCCAAAUUCAGGCGGCCAUCUCGCGGAUGAACAGCGAUGUGGGUGCAGUGCAGCAGCGGGUACGCAGCCUGGAGCAGUCGCUCAACGAACUUCGCAGCGGCCAAAAAGGCACAGCGAAAGGAACGGUGGCCGCACAGCAACGAACACUGCCCGCCUGGUGGCCCUUCAGGAACAUCUCCCCGCUCUGGUUCGCCGUCCUCAUUUUGUGGCCAUUCUUGGUCAGACGCUUUGCGAGGAUGCUGCAGAACGCUCCGCAGCGCAGGCACUGACGCAAAGGAGCUAUAAUCGCUGAGAGAGGAACAUGUGGUAGUUAAAUUUUACCUUUGGUUACGGGCACGAGCUUGGUCUUAAGCUUUCCUCUAUCCUGGAAAGCGCUUCAGUUACUGUACAGAGUUGGCCUUAUUUAUACUUUUCUAGCCCCCGGGUUAUCCAGUUGCAAUAUCUUUACUCCCUUUUUUAUACGUCUCUAUAUGUAUAUUUAUUUUGUACACACAAAUCGCGACCUUUUUUGUCACAUUCCCCCAUCUGAUUUAGUUUGUAAGUCGAAUGUUUUUGGCACUUUUUUUCCAGCAGGAGGCGAGUUUUAGCAUUCUAAAAGCGCCGACCUGCUGAAAUACGGUUGUAAGCGUAUACUUUAUUGUGCAUUAUUUGUUGAUAAUUAUAAUUUUUGUAAUAAAGUCGUAUAUGAAAAUAGA